AUUGCAUCAUCCCUCUCGCCCCCCUCGUCCGCUGUUGCCUCCCCCGCUCCUUGCCUCCCCACCUUUCUUCCCUCCUCUCGAGGCACUUGUUUGCGCUCCUUCCCCCGUUCUAUCCUCCCCACCGCACUCGAGCCAUGUUCACCACACUCAGCAAGGUGCAAAACGCGCACAAGGGGCCGAUCUGGUCUUGCACAUGGGUUCCGGCCCAAGCCGCCACCCUGCCCUCCUUUGUGGCCACCGGCUCCGUCGACGAGACGGUUUCUCUGUGGGACCCGGAGUCCUUCAACAAAGUGCACGAUGCCAAGACCCGCUCGGCUGGCGGGCUGGCCAUCAACUCGAUUGUCGCCUCGGCUGAUGGGAAACGCAUCAUCACCUCCUCUCUGGAUAAUCAGAUCACCGUCCUCUCGGUGGGAGGCGCCACCGCCACUCUCGAGUCCAAUGGUGACAGCCUGGUCGACGAGGCGGCCUCCAAGCAGAAGGACGACUCCACUCCGGCCGUGCGGAAGUCCGCGCAGGGAGACUACACCGUGGCCCUGACGGCGACUCAUAAGAUUGCCGCCGGCCCGGCCGAGUCCUGGACCGUCUGCCUGUCCCCGUGCGGGACGCAGAUUGCCUCCGGCACGCCUGCCGGGAAUGUCAACAUUUGGCAGAUCCCCCCGGCCGGGGCCCCGGGGAGUGUGGUCGAGAUCACCGACAAGCGCACCAUCAAUGUGUCCAACCGGCUGGUGCUCUCGGUUGCCUGGAGCUCGGAUGGCACCCUCAUCGCCGCUGGCAUGGAGAAUGGCUCGAUUGCUCUGUACAACAUCGAGCGCGGCCAGCCUCUGCCCACGAUCAAUGACGCCCACUCGGGCCCUGUCCGCACGGUGGCCUUCUCGCCGGACAGCAGCACCCUCCUCACAGGCUCCGAUGAUGGGACCCUUGUUUUGCAUGACGUCAACGUCGGCUCCAAGAUCUCCACUUUCACCGGACACACCUCGUGGGUGCUGUCGGCGGCCUUCCAGCCGCACACCGACACCAUCAAGUCGCCGAACCAGUUCAUCAGCUCCAGCGCCGACGGAUCGGUGCGCGUGUGGGACGCCCAGGGGAGCUCGCUCCACGUGUCGAACACCGCUUCCAAGAACACCGAUUCCGGUGGCUGCCUCUUUUCCUUCAAGGAGCACACUGACCAGGUGUGGGCCGUUUCCUGGGACCCGACCACUUGCCGUCGGGCCGUCAGCGUCGGUGACGAUGGUGCCAUUGUCUUCUACAAGAUCAACUAAGCCGCGACGAGGGAGUUGGAUGCCCUUACACCAUUCCGCUUUCCUUCCCUACACCCCCGUCCCCACGGCCGCUGUCAUGCCUGCCCCCCCCCCCACCCUUCUCGCGUCCCCUUCCCAUCUCUUGUGGGCUCCAACCGGGCGAGUGGACAAAAAAAAGAGGUCUCCAAACAUCGUUUGCCCGGAUGUCGUGUUCUUGCACAGGGGGGAAUAGUCUCCCCCCCCCCUCUCUCUCUCUC